GUAUAAAUAUAAGGUUUAGAAAGUUAUGAUUAGAUACAAAAUUUAUUUCAGUACGUAAACAUACAAGUUGGUGUUUGUAUAUUGCCAUCGUGAAAACUGAUUUACUCUGAUUGUUAUGGUUCGGAAGCAAGAUGUAUUUCUCACGUGCAUGUUUAUAUUGCACGUGAGUCUCGGUGCACACACUCCAGCAGCGAAGGUGAAUCCGGCAGAAUGUCGAUCUUUGAUGGACUUGUAUCUUGUUGUUGACGGCUCUGACAGUAUUUCCUACCCAGACUUUAAUCUCUUAAAGAGGGCCAUAGAGAACUUGAUACCAGAGAUAGACCUCGGACAUGACAAAGCCCGGAUAGGCAUGCUAGUGUACAGCUCGGACGUGCCAGACCAAAGUAAACAUGUAUUCUCUUACGACCGUAACUACCUCAUCAAUGCUGCUCGAACGUUGCAGCACCCGCGUGAGGGCACUAAAACAUGGCUUGGUAUUAAGCAUAUGCAGAAAACGUUCAAGAAACACGGCCGUGAUGGCGUCCCGUGGGUAUGUGUUGUAAUCACCGACGGUAUCAGUAAGAACAGGACAGCCACUAUAGAGGAAGCCGACAAAGCGGCCAAGAUGGGCAUUAGCAUGUUUGCCGUCGGCAUCGGCCACAAGAUCGCUAUCGAAGAGCUGGAAGAAAUAGCAUCCACUACGAAUCAAGUUAUGGCAAUAAAAGAUUUCAGUGAACUCCAGUAUAUGCUACAAACUAUGAUGUUUAGGAUUUGUCCUUGCCCGGUUCCACCAACCUUACCUCUUGCCAAGUGUAACGACGGACCACGUGCAAUUGGGAGCGUGCGCACGUACCAAUGUGCGCAUGGAUAUCUGCAACGAGGAAACCCAGACAUCACGUGUCAAGGUGACUUCACGUGGACAGACCUGUCAGCCGAUUUUGAGUGUGUCCCCUGUGGUGUGAACACACCAGUAGUUAAGUAUGGUACAUGCAGUGGUGGAGACAACACAAUUGGAACUGUCCGGACUUACAGCUGUAACAAAGGCUACCGUCCGAUGGGAGAUCCUACUACUAAGUGUAUGAAGGAUGCCACAUGGAGUAUACCUUCUUUUGAAUGUGUUCCUUGCGGAAGCACACCUGCAAUUGUAAAUGGUAUAUGUGGGUCGGGAAAGUUUACAAUUGGAGCUCACAGAACACUUUCAUGUAAACCAGGAUAUCGCGCCAUUGGAAAAGCAGAAAUCGUUUGCCUUGAUGACCCGACCUGGGACCGUCCUCAGUGGAGUGUACCUGACUUCAAAUGUGUUCCAUGCGGGAAUACACCAGCCAUUACUCAUGGUAUAUGUGGUGACGGUGACUUUAUGAUUGGAGCCCAUAGAACACUUUCAUGUAAACCAGGAUAUCGCGCCAUUGGUAAAGCAGACAUCGUAUGCCUUGAUGACCCGACAUGGGACCGUCCUCAGUGGAGUGUACCUGACUUUCAAUGUGUCCCUUGUGGAAAUACACCCUCCAUUACUCAUGGUAUAUGUGGUGACGGUGAUUUCAUGAUCGGUUCUCACCGAACACUUUCGUGUAAGCCCGGAUAUCGCGCCUUUGGUAAAGCAGACAUCGUAUGCCUUGAUGACCCGACCUGGGACCGUCCUCAGUGGAGUGUACCUGACUUCCAAUGUGUUCCUUGCGGAAAUACACCAGCCAUUACUCAUGGUAUAUGUGGUGACGGUGACUUCAUGAUUGGAGCCCACAGAACACUUUCAUGUAAACCUGGAUAUCGUGCCAUUGGUAAAGCAGACAUCGUAUGUCUUGAUAACCCGACCUGGGACCGUCCUCAGUGGAGUGUACCCGACUUUCAGUGUGUGCCCUGCGGAAAUACACCAGCCAUUACUCAUGGUAUAUGUGGUGACGGUGACUUCAUGAUUGGAGCCCACAGAACACUUUCAUGUAAACCUGGAUAUCGCGCCAUUGGUAAAGCAGACAUCGUAUGCCUUGAUGACCCGACCUGGGACCGUCCUCAGUGGAGUGUACCUGACUUCCAAUGUGUUCCCUGCGGAAAUACACCAGCCAUUACUCACGGUAUAUGUGGUGACGGUGACUUUAUGAUUGGAGCCCAUAGAACACUUUCAUGUAAACCAGGAUAUCGCGCCAUUGGAAAAGCAGAAAUCGUUUGCCUUGAUGACCCGACCUGGGACCGUCCUCAGUGGAGUGUACCUGACUUCCAAUGUGUUCCAUGCGGGAAUACACCAGCCAUUACUCACGGUAUAUGUAGUGACGGUGCUUUCGUGAUCGGUGCUCACCGAACACUUUCGUGUAAACCUGGAUAUCGCGCCAUUGGUAAAGCAGACAUCGUAUGUCUUGAUGACCCGACCUGGGACCGUCCUCAGUGGAGUGUACCUGAUUUCCAAUGUGUCCCUUGUGGAAAUACACCAGUCAUUACUCAUGGUAUAUGUGGUGACGGUGAUUUCAUGAUCGGUUCUCACCGAACACUUUCGUGUAAGCCCGGAUAUCGCGCCAUUGGUAUAGCAGACAUCGUAUGCCUUGAUGACCCGACAUGGGACCGUCCUCAGUGGAGUGUACCUGACUUCCAAUGUGUCCCUUGUGGAAAUACACCAGCUAUUACUCACGGUAUAUGUGGUGACGGUGAUUUCAUGAUCGGUUCUCACCGAACACUUUCGUGUAAGCCCGGAUAUCGCGCCAUUGGUAUAGCAGACAUCGUAUGCCUUGAUGACCCGACCUGGGACCGUCCUCAGUGGAGCGUACCUGACUUCCAAUGUGUUCCCUGCGGAAAUACACCAGCCAUUACUCAUGGUAUUUGUGGUGACGGUGAUUUCAUGAUCGGUUCUCACCGAACACUUUCGUGUAAGCCCGGAUAUCGCGCCAUUGGUAUAGCAGACAUCGUAUGCCUUGAUGACCCGACCUGGGACCGUCCUCAGUGGAGUGUACCUGACUUCCAAUGUGUUCCCUGCGGAAAUACACCCUCAAUUACUCAUGGUAUAUGUGGUGACGGUGAUUUCAUGAUCGGUUCUCACCGAACACUUUCGUGUAAGCCCGGAUAUCGCGCCAUUGGUAAAGCAGACAUCGUAUGCCUUGAUGACCCGACAUGGGACCGUCCUCAGUGGAGUGUACCUGACUUCCAAUGUGUUCCUUGCGGAAAUACACCAGCCAUUACUCAUGGUAUAUGUGGUGACGGUGAUUUCAUGAUUGGAGCCCACAGAACACUUUCAUGUAAACCUGGAUAUCGCGCCAUUGGUAAAGCAGACAUCGUAUGCCUUGAUGACCCGACCUGGGACCGUCCUCAGUGGAGUGUACCUGACUUCCAAUGUGUUCCCUGCGGAAAUACACCCUCAAUUACUCAUGGUAUAUGUGGUGACGGUGAUUUCAUGAUCGGUUCUCACCGAACACUUUCGUGUAAGCCCGGAUAUCGCGCCAUUGGUAAAGCAGACAUCGUAUGCCUUGAUGACCCGACCUGGGACCGUCCUCAGUGGAGUGUACCUGACUUCCAAUGUGUUCCCUGCGGAAAUACACCCUCAAUUACUCAUGGUAUAUGUGGUGACGGUGAUUUCAUGAUCGGUUCUCACCGAACACUUUCGUGUAAGCCCGGAUAUCGCGCCAUUGGUAUAGCAGACAUCGUAUGCCUUGAUGACCCGACCUGGGACCGUCCUCAGUGGAGUGUACCUGACUUCCAAUGUGUUCCUUGCGGAAAUACACCAGCCAUUACUCAUGGUAUAUGUGGUGACGGUGAUUUCAUGAUUGGAGCCCACAGAACACUUUCGUGUAAGCCCGGAUAUCGCGCCAUUGGUAAAGCAGACAUCGUAUGCCUUGAUGACCCGACCUGGGACCGUCCUCAGUGGAGUGUACCUGACUUCCAGUGUGUCCCUUGUGGAAAUACACCAGCCAUUACUCACGGUAUAUGUGGUGACGGUGAUUUCAUGAUCGGUUCUCACCGAACACUUUCGUGUAAGCCCGGAUAUCGCGCCAUUGGUAAGCAGACAUCGUAUGCCUUGAUGACCCGACUGGGACCGUCCUCACCGGAUAGCUCCCGCCAUUGGUAUAGCAGACAUCGUAUGCCUUUGAUGAGCCGACUGGACCGUCCUCAGUGGAGUGUACCUGACUUCCAAUGUGUUCCUUGCGGAAAUACACCAGACAUUACUCACGGUAUAUGUGGUGACGGUGAGUUCAUGAUUGGAGCCCACAGAACACUUUCGUGUAAGCCUGGAUAUCGCGCCAUUGGUAAAGCAGACAUCGUAUGCCUUGACGACCCGACCUGGGACCGUCCUCAGUGGAGUGUACCUGACUUCCAGUGUGUCCCUUGUGGAAAUACACCAGCCAUUACUCACGGUAUAUGUGGUGACGGUGAUUUCAUGAUCGGUUCUCACCGAACACUUUCGUGUAAGCCCGGAUAUCGCGCUAUUGGUAAAGCAGACAUCGUAUGCCUUGAUGACCCGACCUGGGACCGUCCUCAGUGGAGUGUACCUGACUUCCAAUGUGUUCCUUGCGGAAAUACACCAGACAUUACUCAUGGUAUAUGUGGUGACGGUGAGUUCAUGAUCGGUUCUCACCGAACACUUUCAUGUAAACCUGGAUAUCGCGCCAUUGGUAAAGCAGACAUCGUAUGCCUUGAUGACCCGACAUGGGACCGUCCUCAGUGGAGUGUACCUGACUUCCAAUGUGUUCCCUGCGGAGAUACACCUGUCGUUGACCAUGCCACGUGUAAUGACGGUGACAAUCUUUUAGGCUCACGGCGAACGUACACUUGUGAAAACGGUUAUGUUCUGGAAGGCACCCCUGCCAUAACGUGUCAAGAUAACGCCUCAUGGUCCAUUCCUCAGUUUAGAUGUAAAGAUUGCGGCGAUCCACCUGUAGUUGCAAACGCUUAUACCGGCAUUGGACCAAGUACUGUAGGUACUGAGAGGGUAUACUAUUGUGAAAGUGGGUUCAAGAUGGCUGGUCGUGGUAAGGUCAUGUGCAAACGGAAUGGCAAAUGGCAAAAACCAAACUUUUCCUGUGAAGGAACGAUAACCACGCCUCCUUCAAAAGACCCAAAUGUAUGUGACGGUUGCAGAUAUAUGAAUGGCGUGGGAUAUAACAACCAUCCAUAUGACUGUAACCAGUUUGUGCAGUGUUUUAAAGGCAGGAAAGGUUUGGAACCCAUCUACCGGAAGUGUCCAUUUGGUUUGUUCUGGGAUCAGACUGUCCUCACGUGCAGGCCUUCAGAUGAAGUGAACUGCCCCCACGAUCGUUGUAAGGACCCGUUUGUUCACUCGUAUAAACAUAACGAUCCAAACAAAUGCUGCGCCUACUGGAAGUGUCAACACGGACGAUCCUUUGGUGAAUGUUGCGGAGACGGUUCCUCAUAUAGUCCCUCGAAACAACGGUGCGUUCCCGACUACGAAUGCAAGGCUACUUGUCCAUUCCAGGAUGAAAUCCCAGCGUGUGACAAGCAACCAGCUAAGAAAGACACACAGUUCAAGCAAUAUAUCGGAAACGGUCACUGGACGACAAUGGAUUGCGCUCCUGGCACUGCCUUCAACCCAGUCGAUUGCAAAUGUUCAUUAUUCAUUAUGUCCGUGCCAGGAGAGAAACGACGACAAGUGUGCAAGCCUGAAAUUUAUCUUCCAUUCAGCAAUGGUUUCCAAGACCGAUCGGGAAAAAAUGUUUACAUCAAGCCAGAAAAUGUCACCAUCCAUAGAGGCGCUGCCUACUUCAAUGGAAACUCCCGUAUAUUGAUUAACCGUUUCGCUAAUACGGAAUUUGCCGGAAAUCUCGUGAUCAAAUUCCGGUACAACGAGUUCCGACAAGGAAGUUACUUUAACGAAUUGCAAGCCCUGGUUACCAAUGGUGAUUGCGGGUCCGAUCCUUCGAUUGUUAUAGCCAAGAUGCCUGGACAUGUUCUUCUCGGGGCAAAGGCACGUGCAUCGACAAGUUUUGCACUACCAACACUGGAUAAAGAAUGGAAAGAGGUUAUAUAUAUUCAUAAUACAAAGAAUUUGGAGGGUAGAGUGUGUGGUGCCUCCAAAGCCAAAUGGUCGUACGGCCAUAUAAAAGGAAAUCAUUGCGCAAUGCAAAUAGGCUAUGGCAGCGGGCUACAAUCGUAUGUCGGUCUGAUUGAUGAUUUUUACGUUUACCAGUGCCGUCCAAGAGCUGGAUUACUGAACAUUAACUACUGAAACGGAAUUCUCAACGAUACACCACUGUGAUACAGCGUCACGCGUCUGAAAUCUCCAUUCAUAUAUUUAUAAACGUCUCAUCUUCAUUAUCCAAAACCCAAAGCCGAAUGCUCGUCCUGAAAGGACUUCCAUAAAGCAUUUGUCAACGUGUAGUGCCAUUUGUUUUGUUAUGUGUAUCUUAUAUGUGAGAGAGUAUUUCAUUGAAUAUAUAUGAUCAUGUGUUUAUAAUUAUUAUAUAAUGUGUUUUUGAUUCUGUUGAAUGUUUAAUAUAUAUAGUGAGAGCCGUCACGUUAAAAGGGGCCAUGUAAAAUUUCAAAUGUGAUGCGUCAAGUAAAAACGGGACUGUAUAGAUUUUUGGUAAUUUCUUAGCAAUAGAAUAUCUUUUGCUGUUCGUCUGCGAAAGAAAAAUUACCUAAUUAGUAACUUUAACAUGACGGAUACUAUAAGCUUUAGACUGUAUAUAUAUUCGUAUGUAGGUCUGUUGUUUUUCAUUCAUCUAAUUUAUUUUUAUAUCCAUUAUACAUGAUGUUGAUGCUUAUACGGUAUAAAAUUUCAAAUGUUUACAUUUCAGUCAUUUCGUUUUAAUUGAUUGUUGAUCUAAAUUAUAAACAAUAAAUUAUAGAAAAAA